CGGUCGGUUAGCACGUUCCCGCAAUGACACCUAUAAAUCGGCCGCCACGUCAGUGGUUCGCGCACUUUGCCCUCUUUCCAUACCCGAGGAAUCCUCGCAUUACGACCAUCGCGUCGAGACCUGCUGCAACAACACCGUAUUCGAUGAAGGGAGUUCCCUCUAUACCGCACACCAGAACGCAUGGCGGCACUCAUCGCUCGUCGAGACGACCCGAUUCGAAUCCGGUUCCCCUAGACAGCCCGGCCCACCCGAACGCCGACAUCUCCAACAAUGGCAACACAGCGUCAUCCUCGCGUGCCGGCGCCCAGGGCAGCUCUGGCGGCACCGGCGGUGGACCUGCCUCCGCGCAGCCCGCGCCGCCGACUGACCCGGACAGUAGUAGUAGUCGCCGGCCGGUCAAUACAUCGCAGGCUACACAACCGGGGCUUGUCGUAGGCGUCGAAGGCGAGAACCAGAAAGAAACCCAAAAACCACAAGAAGAAAAGAAGCCUGUCAUGUAUCGGUUCUGGCGCACACUCAAGGCAAUCCUGCUCCAUUCCAAGGUCAAUGUGCUGCUUGCGUUCGUGCCCGUGGGCAUCGCCAUCGCCCAGACCGGCGCGUCCCCGGCUGUUAUUUUCGCCAUGAAUGCCAUUGCCAUCGUCCCGCUUGCUGGUCUGCUGAGCUUCGCUACCGAGUCGGUGGCCCACAGGCUCGGCGACUCGCUGGGUGCACUGCUCAAUGUCACGUUUGGCAAUGCCGUAGAGCUGAUUAUCUUCAUCGCCCUCGUCAAGAAUGAAAUCCGCAUCGUCCAGGCCUCGCUGCUUGGCUCUAUACUGGCCAAUCUGCUGCUCAUCUUGGGCAUGUCGUUCUUUCUUGGAGGCAUGCGCUACCGCGAGCAGAUCUACAACAGCACCGUCACUCAAAUGAGUGCCUGUCUCCUGAGCCUGAGCGUCAUCAGCCUGGUCCUACCGACGGCGUUCCACGCAUCGUUCAGCGAUAACGAGCUUGCGGAUAGGCAGUCUCUCAAGAUCAGCCGCGGCACCAGCGUGAUUUUAUUACUGGUGUACAUCGUCUACUUGCUGUUCCAGUUGAUCUCGCAUUCAUACAUGUAUGAAUCGACGCCGCAGCACAUCAUCGAUGAAGAGGCAACACCAGGGCCCGUCGCGAAUUGGUUAGACUCCUCCAGCUCCGACAGCAGUUCCUCGAGCGACUCGGAUUCGUCAGACUCGGAUCAUUCUCGGGAGACCAUGUCCAAGCGGAUGAGACGGGUUAUGCAUCGCCGCCGAAGACCUAGUGUGGUCUCGACUGAGGCUGGCGAAAGCACAAGCCCAAGCUUCCCACGCAGCCCUUCAGGGAGCACUGGAGACGCGGACCUGGCCAAGGGACAAACAAAUUCGGAAGAGCCGUCGUCCCGCCCGCGUGUGCACCAUCGAAGAGAAAGUCACGGCGGAAACGAGGAUGUAGACGACGAAGAGUCCCCUCGCCAUGGCAAGCGUCACCGCCAUCGGCUGCCGCGCAAAAAGCACCGCAAGCACAAGCACAGGUCGCGUCACACAGGAUCUCCGGAAACCGUGAGCGAGACUAUCGACGAAAACGCGGUGGUCGAGCCUGUCAUUCGCGAGCAGCGGAAGGUCGAAUUCGCUUCCGACAUACCCGCCGCCAACCAGGAGACUACAACCGCUAAGCCACGGAAUCAGAGCCCCUUUCAAGGCCUGCGUGCAAUGUCUCUCCGCCCUGUCGUGAGCAGUCUGGCACCGACCGUCUUCACGCAGCCGCCCGACGCGGGGAUGCCGCCCGUCCCUGCGGGCCCCGUCCCGCGUGUACGCUACGGCAUCCGGAGGACCAACUCUCUGCCGGACAGGCUCAAUCAAUACCGCCGCGCACCGGGUGCCAUGAUGCCCUCGCAGAUUCCAUUGGCUCGUCCCCCCAUCACGGCCAUUGUCAAGGAGGAAUACGCCGCGGAUCUGUCGCGCACCGCUGCCGUCAUCCUCCUCCUCGUCUCGACUGCCCUGGUCGCGGUGUGCGCCGAGUUCAUGGUCGAUUCCAUCAAUGGGCUCAUCGAGACGAGCAGCGUCGGCGAGAUAUUCAUCGGUCUCAUCAUCCUGCCCAUCGUGGGAAACGCGGCGGAACACGUCACGGCUAUUACCGUGGCGAUGAAGAACAAGAUGGAUCUGGCCAUCGGCGUCGCCGUUGGCAGCUCGAUCCAGAUUGCGCUCUUUAUCACCCCGCUCGUUGUCAUCAUCGGCUGGGCCAUGGACCGCGAGAUGACUCUCUACUUCACGCUCUUCGAGACGGUGUGCCUGUUUGUCUCGGCGUUCAUCACCAAUUUCCUGGUGCUGGAUGGCCGUAGCAACUAUCUAGAGGGCGCGCUGCUGAUGGCCACCUACGUUAUCAUCGGCGUCGUUGCCUUCUUUUACCCUAACGCUGGGGACGCCAGUCCUGCGGCUCUCUAAAGGGUCUGCAGGACGAAAGGUGGAUGUCGACCAAAGGGUGGGUUGGUUGGCCUGGGUGUAGGUCGUGAGGGACCGGCCACUGAGGCAAAGGUGCACAUAUUGCGUGGCAUGAUUUUUCUCAUCCAUAAGUUGAUGGCAAGGUGGUUGGCAGUUGGCGUGGGUUGGGGUUGUCAGCGGCUGCUUCAAGAGAGGUUGACACAUUGUUCUCUCAUGACAUCCACGCCCUUUUCUUGGGCCAAAUGCAUGAGUGACCAAGAGAUCGGUGCUGAUGUCUGGGAAGGCGAAGCAUGGAGAAGUGGACGAACGAGCGAUGAGUUGACAAUGAGCUGUGGAGUAGCGGAUAUUGGAGAAUAGGGGUUCCUCAUAGCAUUCUCAAGAAGAUAAGGGAAUCGUCGCUUUGCAAAGGCUAUUCACAGCCAAGCUAAGUCACAGUAUCCAAAUUGAGACUCUAAUAUUCGCCUAACA